CAACCAUGUUCCCCAAAAUGACAGUUUUGUUAGUUAUUUUGCUCCAUCUCUAUGCAGUCUCAGCUUCCGACCCAGAUCCAAUCCAUGACUUCUGCAUACCACACACAGAUUUUUCAUCCACUUUCCACUCUUGCAAGAACUCUUCAUCAGCCACAGUUGAAGAUUUUGUAUUCUAUGGCGUCAAAAAACCAGGAAAAUUCAGCAAAGCCGGGUUGUCGGCCAUGGCAGUGACUUCAAGUGUCUUUCCUGGUCUAAACACAUUAGGCAUGUCAUUUGUUCGAGCUGAUUUUGAUGUAGGUGGCAUCAAUGUGCCACAUUUUCACCCGAGAGCCACGGAGGUCGCGUUCGUGCUGGAGGGGAAGAUUUAUUCGGGUUUUGUCGAUUCAGGAAAUCGAGUUUUCGCCAAAGUGAUUGAAAAGGGAGAGGUAAUGGUGUUCCCAAGGGGUCUAAUACAUUUUCAGAUGAAUGUUGGUGACUCACAUGCUGCUAUAUUGGGCAGUUUUGACAGCCAAAAUCCAGGAUCAGUGAAAAUUCCAUCAGCUGUUUUUGGAUCUGAGAUUAAGGGAGAGAUUCUGGAGAAGGCUUUUGGAUUGAAAGCUAAGGAGAUUGCUAAGAUGAGGAAGAAGCUUGGUCCCCAGUAGCUGAGGUUAGAGCAGAGGUUGUUAUUGUUAAUUCAUACUUGUUGAUUAAUAAAAGGAAUUACUGAUAAUCUUUAUGAAGAAGUUACAGCAGUUAUAUGUGAGAACAAUUGUGCUGGUUUAUUAUCAGUUGGAUGAUAAACCAACUUGAAAUUUUAUAGUUUUCAAGUUUUCCCUUGAAAUUUUGAUUUUAUAGUUUUC